AUGGUAUUUGAGGAAUCAAAUCCUCCUCCUCGUCCGAACAUUGAAAUCCCUGAGGCAAAAGCCAAUUUAUUUUCUUUGAUUAUUUGUUGGUGGGCCAACGAUUUAAUGAGCUUAGGUUAUAAACGUCCUUUGGAAAAAGAUGAUCUAUACAUUUUAAAUGAAAAGAGAUCUGCUAAAAUUAUUACAGAUAAAUUUGAAGUCGAAUGGCAAAAGGAAAUUCAAAAAAUUGCGAUAGGAAAGAAACCAUCUUUAUUAAAAGCUCUAUUCAGGGUUUUGUGGUUUAAAUUUUGUUUGUCUGGUGGUUGUAGAUUUUUUAGUGAUAUGUUAAUUGUUGUUUCGCCUUUGAUUUUAAGGUUAAUAUUAAACUUUGUUUCUGAAGCAUAUUUCGCUAACUUAAAUAACGGUGUGCAACCACCUGCAUAUGUUGGCUACAUAUUAUGCGUUGUUUUGUUCUCGCUGAAAAUGAGUGAUAGUAUUUUGUUCGCCGCUAGCCUUUAUUGUGGAUUGGAAACUGGUUUCCUAUCUCGCACUAUUCUCAUAACUGCUAUCUAUCGGAAAGCCUUAGUCUUAAGUGGAAAAGCUAGAAGUUUAUUUACUAAUGGAAAGAUUACUAACUUAAUGUCCAUUGAUACUACGCGUAUAGACUAUGUGUGCGGUUAUUUUCACGUGAUUUGGUGUUCUCCUAUUCAAAUAUGUGUAGCAUUGAGUUUGUUAAUAUUUAAUAUUGGUCUAUCUGCAUUAGUUGGUUUUGCUUUAUUAGUAUUAAUUGGUCCUAUGCAAGGAAUGGUUAUGUCAUUAUUGGCACGUACCAGGGCUAAAGCUGCUAGUGUUGCUGAUGAACGAGUAAAACUAACUCAAGAGAUUUUAUUGGGAAUUAAAGAAAUCAAAUGUUAUGCGUGGGAAGAUAGUUUUGCGGAUGCUCUUAAUAAAUUAAGAAAUAAAGAGAUUAGUUUGGAUAGGUUUUUGUUAGUUAUUAGAUCUGCUAUUACUGGUGUUUCAAUGGUCGUUCCAGUAUUUGCUUGCAUUUUAUCAUUCGUAACAUUUUCAUUAACAGGAGGCAGCCUCGACGCCGGAAUCGUAUUCUCUUCUUUAGCACUAUUCGGUACUCUCCGAAUACCUUUAUUGCGCUUGCCAAUUGUUAUAGGUUCUUUUACUGAUGCCUAUGUAGCAAUUAAUCGGAUAAAUGAAUUUUUGCUAGCUGAUGAAUUACCCGGUUUACCGGUAAUUAAUCCGGACGAACAAUAUGCUAUUAAAGUUACUGAUGGUGAAUUUAUUUGGGAAACUUUUUCUCCUGAUUAUUUGACAGAAAAUUCUUAUCUACUUUCUCCAAGAUCUCAACUUCGUAACAUUAAUGUUUCGAUACCACGUGGAAAACUAAUUGCCAUUGUUGGUUCUGUAGGAUCUGGCAAAUCUUCAUUAUUGUCAGCUCUGGUUGGUGAAAUGAAAAGAAUUAAAGGAGAGGUUUCAUUUGGUGGAAAUGUUGGGUAUUGUCCUCAAACUGCGUGGAUACAAAAUGCUACACUUAGAGACAAUAUUACUUUUGGACUACCUUUUGAUGAAGAAAAGUACCGACAAGUGAUUAAAGAUUGUUGUUUAGAACCAGAUUUAGAAGUGUUACCCGCUUCUGACUUGACCGAAAUUGGAGAGAGAGGGAUUAAUUUAUCUGGAGGACAAAAACAGCGUGUCAACAUUGCAAGAGCUGUGUACUAUAAUGCUGAUAUUGUGUUAUUAGAUGACCCAUUAUCGGCAGUUGAUGCACAAGUUGGAAGGUACUUAUUCACAAACUGCAUUCAAGGAGCACUUUCCAAAAAAACACGCAUACUUGUUACACAUCAUUUACAUUAUCUACCACAAGUUGACUACAUAAUAUAUAUGGAAGACGGUGAAAUUGCUGAACAAGGAACUUAUAAGGAAUUAAUGAAAGAUGGGAAUACAUUUUCGAAAUUGAUUGCAGAAUAUGGUGAAGCCAAAAGCAGUGAUCAAGUAAAAAAAAACAAAGAAUCAACAUUGGACGAAAAAAAAAUAAAAAAUCACACAAUUGUUUUAUCUAAAGGAUUAAUGUCAGAAGAAGAACAGUACAGAGGGGCAGUGGAUAAUGAGAUAUAUUUGGCAUAUUCUAGGAAUGCGGGUGGAUUUUUAUUGGUACUCACUGUUAUUUUCUUACUAAUUAUGUCACAAGGAGCAAAUACUGGAAAUAAUUUAUGGCUUUCGUUUUGGUCCAGCAACACGUUUGACCUUUCAAAAGGACUUUAUAUAGGUAUUUAUUGUGCAUGGGGAGCCGUUGAAGGAUUUUUUGGUGUCUUGUGUGGUAUCAUGCUUUCCUACGGUGGUGUUAAAGCAGCCAAGAGAUUGCAUGAUAACGCAAUUAAACGUGUAUUAAGAGCGCCAACAAGUUUUUUUGAUACCACUCCUCUAGGAAGAAUUAUUAAUCGUAAAGACGUCGACACAUGCGACAAUUUACUUUCUGAAUCAUAUCGAAUGUUUUUUAUGAGUUUUUCGAACAUUAUUGGAACUUUUAUCCUAAUUGUAGUAGUGUUUGUGUGGUUCAUUAUCCCGUUGGUUCCUUUGAUCAUACUUUAUUAUUUAUCGGCUCUUUAUUAUCGUUCGUCUAAUCGUGAAUUAAAACGUCUUGAUUCAGUAUUAAGAUCUUCACUAUAUGCCCAUUUUUCCGAGACACUUUUAGGGCUGCCGAUUAUUCGUGCUUAUCGUGAACAAAAAAGAUUUUUGAGAAAUAACGAAGCAUUCUUAGAUACCGAAAAUAGAGCAUACUUUCUCCUAAUAUGUGUUCAACAAUGGCUUACAGUACGUCUUGAAACCAUCACAAAUGUCUUAGUAUUUUUUGCAAGUUUGUUUGCAAUUGUUUUUAGAUUUAGUGUUAUGCCUUCAAUUACUGGAUUAGUAAUGGCUUAUGCACUUCAAGUUAUUGUGGUUUUUAGUUGGUGUAUUAAAGAAUUUUCUGAAUUAGAAGCAAAUAUGAACUCAGUGGAACGCUUAAUUCAUUACAGUGAAAAUUUGGAUGUAGAAGCCAAGAAUAUAAUACCGGAAAACAGACCACCAUCUGGAUGGCCAACUCGUGGAGAAAUUCACAUUAAAAAUUUGGAAAUUAAAUAUGGACCUGAUAGUCCUCUAGUUUUGAAAGGCAUCACAAUUGAUAUUAUGGCUGCUGAAAAGAUUGGAAUUGUUGGUCGAACUGGAUGUGGAAAAUCAACGUUAGCAAAAUCGUUCUUUAGAAUUAUCGAGGCAACUUCUGGAAAUAUUGUAAUUGACAAUAUUGAUAUCAGCGCUAUUGGAUUAAGAGACCUUAGAAGCAAUAUUACUAUCAUACCUCAAGACCCUGUACUAUUUAAUGGUACAAUAAGAAGCAACUUGGACCCAUUCAACAAACAUAACGAUCUCGAAUUAUAUGACGCGCUUCGUCGUGUACACUUAAUUGAAAAUUCCAGCCGUAUUUGCGAAAAAAAAAAUUCAGAGCAGAAAAAUGGCAAUCAUGAACCACUAAUGCUUGACUCAAUUGUCAAAGAAAAUGGCUCGAAUUUUUCCCAAGGUCAAAAACAACUGAUUGAAAUAGCCAGAGCACUAGUUCGUCAUACCAAAUUGAUAAUAAUGGAUGAAGCUACUGCUAGUAUAGAUUUUAAAACUGAUUAUCUAAUACAGGCUACAAUCAGGGAGGAGUUUAAGGAUCAUACUGUUAUUACUAUUGCGCAUAGGUUACGAACUGUUGCAGACUAUGAUAGAAUUCUGGUUAUGGAUGCUGGAAAUGUAAUUGAAUUCGAUAUUCCAUAUCUACUGAUGCAAAAGUCUGAUGGAAUGUUUAGAAAAAUGUGUGAAAGAAGUGGUGAAUUUACAGAAUUAAUGGAAAUUGCAAAGCAGAAGUUUGAAAAUAUAUCGUCGACACAGAGUUAUCCA